ACGCCAUUGUUGACCGAAGUAUAUUAAUUACCACGUCUACUCGAUAUAUCAAGCAGCCUCGGUGCCUGGAGUCGCUGCUAUACCACACUACAACAUGUCGCCUCUGCACCGAGCGUCCCGCCCUCUCAUCCGCGCCAGCAGCGCUUCCAACCGCGUGCGGGCCUUCUCCAUCGCAAUCCCCGCUCGGCGCGAGGGCGAGAUAGUCAACCCCAAGCCCCGUGGGUAUCUGGCGGAGAAGAACCCAUUCGUUCCCCGCGACGCAGCCAAUGAAUCCUACUUUGUCAAGUCCUCGGAGGCGGAGAAAUUCCGUCUGGUGCGGCAGAAGAUGCUCGAACAACGCCGCCACCUCGAUGAGCUGGAGCGGCAUAUGUAAGUUCUUGCUGGGAUCAGGCAUGGCAAAGAUCACGCGCUGACUGAUCCCAGCCAAGACCUUGCGAGAGAACAGGCCAAGGUGAGAUACUAGGUCGACUGGUGUAGCGAUUGACUGCCUCUGAUUUCCGCUUUCUUCGAUGUCUGAUCGUCUAUAUUUGCUGGACCUUGAGGGUCCGUAACACA